AUGCUUGAGGGGUGGCCAUUUCAAUUUGUCUUUUUGGUGUUUUGUUCAAUUGCGGAUCGAUACGACGACGAGGAGAUUGACUUCUCCGACCUCGAGGAGAAGUUCCAGGUCCCCUUCGAGGAGGGCUUCGACACCCUUGUCCUCGUUGAUGGCGCACCCGUCGUCCCCGAUGAGAAGCGCGAGGUUUUGCUGAAGGUUAUGAAGAAGCUUUUCUCCUCGGCCGGUAAGGUCAAGGACGAUGGCAUUUUCAUGCCUAUGGAGGAGAACUCUAAGGGCAAGCUCAUGUCCAAGGGAUUCAUGUUUGUCGAGUACGAGACCCCAGAGCAGGCCGAUGCCGCUGUCAAGGCGUUGAACGGAAGGCGCAUGGACAAACAGCACACUUUGUCCGCCAACCGUUUCACCGACGUCGAGAAGUACGCCAACGUCAGCGAGGAGUACGUCGAGCCCGAGGAGGAGCCAUUCGUCGAGCAGGAGCACCUUCGUUCCUGGUUGGCCGACGCCCAGGCGCGCGAUCAGUGGGUUAUGUACCGUGGUGACGAGGUUUCCGUCAACUGGAACCGCAAGGGAGAGCAACCAGAUGUCGAUGUUCAGCGUAUGAACUGGACCGAGACCUACGUGCAGUGGUCGCCGCAGGGUACUUACCUCACGUCUUUCCACAGACAAGGUAUUCAAUUGUGGGGUGGACCGUCAUGGAAGCGUAUGAUGCGUUUCGCUCACCCCGGUGUCAACCUUAUCGACUUCUCCCCCAACGAGCAAUACCUCGUCACCUGGUCCAACGAGCCCAUCACCCUCCUCCCCAUCGGUCACCCCGGUCGUGCCGCCAUGCCCUUCGGCCCUGAGGACGAGGGUAAGCAGGUCAUUGUCUGGGAUCUCAAGACUGGUGCUCUCCUCCGUUCCUUCGCCGCCCCCGCCCAAGAGAGCGACGCUGGACCCAAGAAGAUCACCUGGCCCAUGUUCAAGUGGUCUUCCAGUGAGAAGUACUUUGCUCGUUUGAGCCCUGGUCAAAUCUCUAUCUAUGAGGCCCCCGGAAUGGGUCUUUUGGACAAGAAGUCCGUCAAGGUCGAUGGUAUCGUCGACUUCGACUGGGCGCCUGCCAUGUCCGAAGCUAACCAGAAGAACGACGAGGAGUACCUCGGUUACUGGACUCCGGAAGUCGGUAACCAGCCCGCUCGUGUCGCGCUCAUGUCCGUUCCUUCCAAGCAGACCAUCCGUACCAAGAACUUGUUCAACGUUUCCGACUGUAAGAUUCACUGGCAGUCUAACGGUGACUACAUGUGUGUGAAGGUCGACCGCCACACCAAGACUAAGAAGUCUACAUUCUCCAACCUCGAGAUCUUCCGUGUCAAGGAGAAGAACAUCCCCGUCGAGGAAGUUGAGGUUAAGGACACCAUCCUUAACUUCGCCUGGGAGCCCAAGGGCAGCCGUUUCGCCAUCAUCUCCACCUCCGACCCUAACCUUGUUAACCUCGGUCAGCCCGGUACUCCCCCUCUUCGCACCACCCUUUCUUUCUACGCCUUCGAGAAGACUAAGGCUAAGGAGCAGUUCCGUUGCGUCAAGACUGCUGACAAGAAGACCUUGAACGCUAUCUUCUGGUCGCCUAAGGGUCGCUUCUUGAUCGCUGCUACCAUGGGUCAGUCCUCUACCUUCGACCUUGAGUUCUGGGACAUGGACUUCGAGGGUGAGAACACCAACAAGGAGGAGGGAUCUACUUCCAACCCUACCGUCAUCGGCAACAUCGAGCACUACGGUGUCACUGACAUUGAGUGGGACCCUACUGGUCGGUACGUUACCACCUCCGCCUCCGCAUGGCGCCACACCAUUGAGAACGGCUACAAGCUCUGGGACUUCAAGGGUACCCUCCUCCGUGAGGAGCCUUUGGACCGCUUCAAGCAGCUCUUGUGGCGUCCUCGCCCUGCUACCCUCCUCUCCAAGGAGCAGCAGAAGAAGAUCCGCAAGAACCUCCGUGAGUACUCUCGCAUCUUCGACGAGGAGGACUUGCAGGAGCAGACGCUUGCCAACAAGGAGCUCGUUGCCCAGCGUCGCCGUCUCGUCGAGGAAUGGACUGCAUGGCGCGAGAAGGUUGUGGAGCAGCUCCACAGGGAGAGGACUGAGCGUGGGUUGCCCGAGGACGAUAUCGUUGAGGGUAAGGAGGAUGGUACUGGUGACCAGGUCGUUGAGGUAGAGAUUGAGGAGGUCGUUGAGGAGACCGUUGAGGACAUCCAGUGA